CAAACUCCGCCUCUUCAAGAUUAUCCGCAACAUCACCCACAACACCUUCAACCUCGGGAUAUUCGCCGAUUGGCCCUCAAUUCCACACAUCUCGAGUCUCGCCACAGGCCCCCUUUACGCCACCAUGGACGCCGCCAGCUCCCCCCACAAAGCCCGCAUCAUCUCGCACAUGAACAAGGAUCACACGCGCGAGCUGACCUACUACCUGCGACACUAUGCGCGCGCCUCAGCCCGAGCCGCCUCAUCGCCUGAGAUGCGCGACUUGGAUUUCCAGGGCAUGAAAAUCACCGCCCGCGGAGGCGACUUCACCGUCCCCUUCGAGCCUCCGCUGGCCGGGUGGGCUGAGGCCAAGGGCCGCAUCAUCGAGAUGGCGCACACCGCGCGGGAGGCGCUCGGCCUGAGCGACAUCAUCAUCACGUCCUUCAAGUGGCCCGAGGGCUUCGGCAUGUUCGUCUUCGGCGCCGUAAUCUUCUACUUCUGCUGCGCCGCGUCGCUGCCCUGGGUCGUCCCGGGGAGCCCUGCGUGGCCGCUCCUGGAGGCAGCCUUCCCUGGCGGCGCGGAGGGGUUCCGCUGGACCGUCAAGACCAUCUUCUGGCCGGUCAUUGGCAUCCAUGUCAUCGAGUGCUCCAUCUUCGACGGGCGCCUGAAGAAGCACGGUGUGGAGAGGUUCAGUGGCGUGUGGUGGGCGUGGGAGUUGGGUUGCUUCUUUGAGGGUUAUCCAUCCUUUAAGCGGAUUGACGGCAUCAUCGCCCAGAAGACAGCCGAGAAGAACGCCAAAAAGCAAUGAGCAACUACCAGCAGUCCAAGGUCUAAGAGAUGCUACUGCAUGCGACCUUGGGCUCCUCAAGUUGGGCUAUUUUGGAGUUAGAUGUCCAUGGUGAGCACAGCACUACACUAGAAGUCCGUAGAGUUUGUCGCAAGUCCUCAAUUGAGAAUAGCAUCACGAAAGCGAAUUGAUAGAAUACAAGCACAUUUGAAUCAAGUCAUAA